AAUUCAAACAAGAGAGAGAUGAAGUGGUCAAACAGCUGCAAGAAUUGCAUAAAGUUUCUCAUAUGGUUAUUGAAGAAGUCAGCUGUAUACAAAACCACCUAGAGAUUGAAAAGACAUGUCGUGAAAGUGCAGAAGCUUUGGCUACUAAGGUAAGACAAUUUUAUAUUUUACAUUCUCUGUUCAGAAGUCACAGUCUUAGCGUAAUCGGUUGGUCAGGACAGACUUGCACAACAACCUUGCCAAUACCUUCUUGGCUGCUGUGCACUGGACAAACGAUGAGAUUUACUUCAGAAAACGCGACCACAGUUCUGUCCAGAGAUAUUUUGGGGUUACAGUCAGUAAACGCUUGUGCAUUACUUGGCAGAAAUCCUAUUAAAUUUUAUGUGGAAUUUCCUCCUGAAUAAAUAUAUAUAUCUACUUUAGUGUGGCAUAUUUACUCAGUGGUGCAAAAUAUUGUCAAUAUUGUCCCAUUGAACAUGCCGAACUAUCCAGUAUCUUUUCUUUUCAGUGUUGGUGGUUAUACUCUUAGAGUUAGUGCAUGAUAAAAUCCCUUCAUGGAGAAUAGUUUAUUAUGUGUUAAGAGUUACAUGUUCGAUUGGAGAGAAAUAUAAGGACAAUAGAAAAGUGUUACUUUACAAAUAUGUGCAUAUAUAUUCAUAAAUGUGUUCGUAAAUAAAUUCAUAUUUAUAUUCUUUGACACCUUCCUCCCACAUGUAUUUUAUGCUUCUGGGUUAACAGAUAAACAAGUUUAGAAAUAUACCGAGUGUUUCUCACAUAAAAGAAUAAUGAGCUUUUCAGGGUCUGAAUCAAAUGGAAAAGUCAGGCAGAGUAUUACAUUUCAGGUGAUUGUUUAUGAAAGCAAACUAUGGAGCAAGCAAAAGGUGACCUGCACUGCUCCGUUGAUUGCAUCUAGGUUGAUGAAUUUGCCAAGUAUAUAAUUUUCUAUAUUCCAUCUCAUCAGAAGUGCAUUAUUAUUAUUAAAGAAUGUUUUUAUCUCUUUGGUGUUUUUUUUAGUUGUGAAAAACACAUACCAACCACUUCAUCAUCAGAAAAUAGAUUGAAGCAAUUUUGAACCAAAUUUCAUUAGCAGUGUUGGCUGGUCCAUAACUCCGUGUGUUGGUGUGUGUGUGUGUGUGUGUGUGUGUGUGUGUGUUUAAAUUUUCUCCCUACUUCAGAUAGAGCAGAAAUUCCACAGUAGUAUUUUUUUUAAAUGUAGAUUCAUUAAUAGUGUACUUUGUAUAGGUAUUUACUUGAUUGUUUGCAUAAUGAUACUAUAUAAGGUUUUAUAUAAUGAGAACUUAUCAGUAUGAACAUGAAUGCAUGGAUUUUUUUCUUUCCAUUCUUUUUAUGUAAUGACACACAAUAAAAUAAGACAGUGGCACAAUCCUAUUUAGCUGGUGUAAUUAUGAUCACUCUGUGCUGUGUGUAUAAUAAUAAUUAACUAUAUUAAUACAUUGGACAACAUGCAUCAAUCAGAUCAAUAAAUAAAUACAUCAAUACCUAAUCGGACAGCAUGUACCAAUCUACUGCUUUAGUCCUGAUGAGUGAGAAUUUUAAAAAUAGAAAGAACAAACUCUAGCUUUUCUUUGUAUCUAAACUAAGCCCCACUUCAAGUCUGAUAAAUUGCACCAGUAUCCAAUAGGUCUCUUGAAGCAGUAUGUUUCUUACAUCCUCAAAAUGAUUAAGAUAAUUCAUGUAGUUUUGAAAAGAGAAGAGUAAUAUUUUUACUUUAGGAUCUUUUCUUGGUCUUUGAUUAUUUCUUAAAAAUAGAAGCUUCUGCAUUGUGUAAUGCAAAAUUAUUCAUGGAAUGGGGCAGAAAUAUUAUUUUUGUAUGUCAUUCCAAUUACUGACCUUCCUACCAAGUUGCAAGAUCAUUAGACAUGCUUAAAUAGAGUGGAGUUGUUCCUUUUGCAGCUUCUGCUCUCACAGCUACCCUGAUUUAAAGGUUAGGCAAGUGUAUAAUGGAACCAUUGCAUUCUGAUGGCAUCAAAUGCUGAUAUACAAGAUUUUGGAUUUAGCAUUCCCAAUUCCUACUUUUUCAUUUUUCAUAUUUAACUUUGAGCCCCUGUGUUUAUAUAAUAAUACAAGUUAUGAAUAAUCAAAGCUACCUUGAAACAAUAACCUUUCAUUAAUGGAACUGGACAUUCAAGGACAGAAAUGAAAGAUGGAAAGGGAUUGAAGGGUAUGGAAGUAAGUAUGAUGAUUUGGCUUUGCUGUUGUCUGCUAUGUUUUAUUGUGCUCCUCUCAGAAUGGAUUAUUUUUUGCGGCUCUGUCUUUUUCAUCUUGCCUUGUUUUUUAAAAACUAGUUUUAAAAAAUAAAAUCUAUACCUGCUUUAAUUAGAACAGUAAACUGUAUUUGAAGCAAAAAUUUGGCAAGGUUUCAAAUGGUGCAGAAGUAAUAUCUAACCUUAAGGCCUGCUCAUAGUUUGAAAAACUUGAUGCCUACAUUUCUAACCUGCAUUUUAAAAAUGUUUUUGUUUCAGAUCCAACAACAGCAUAGUUCUUGUUGAAAAAGAAUGCUGGCAUUUAUAUUCAUCAAUUUAUUUCAUUUUGUAGUGAGCUGUGGCUGAUGUGCUUCCAAUUUUACAACCAAGAAAAGCUGUUAGUUAAUUUUUCUUUGGGAUAUUUUUCUCCCUGCAAAGCAGCCAUAUGUUAGGCUCAUUUACUUCAUAUGCUUAUUAACAUAGCUUGGAAAAUUAAUAGUUUAAAAGUAUGACUGUGUUUCUGAAUGUUAUUCCCAGAGUUUGAAAUCUAUUACUGUAUGAAGAACUAUUUAUACUUCUACCUAUUGAGUAUGAGUCAGAGCAAAAAAGAAUAUUUUUUUUAUCAGAAAGGCAGUGUUAUUCCAAAUUUACAAACUUAUUUAUAUGAGUAUUUUCUUCUUAUGAACUGAGUUUCUAUUGACAUGACAUGAUGAAAAAAACCUUAUCAAUAUUACUCAGCAUCACCAAGGAAAAAAAAAUUAAGGAAUUCAUAGCAACAGAAUAUGUAAUUGACAUUUUGUAGCUGAGCAAAGAGAACAAGACUCUGAAAAGAAUCAGCAUGUUGUAUAUGGCAAAACUGGGGCCAGAUAUCAUUACUGAAGAAAUUAACAUUGAUGAUGGAGAAUCUUGUACGGACACAGAAGUUAGCCCUGGAGCCUGUGACUCGAUGGAGUGCCAGCAGGUAAUAAAAGAUCUGCGAGAUCAAAUUAUCUCACUUCAAGAAGAGAAGAAGACUGCCGUCAUUGAGCUGGAAAACCUGAAGAGCACAUUUGUAGAAGGAAUAGCAGAAAUAAAUAAACUAAAGGAACAAAAUGCAGUCCUAGCAUCUGAAGUUCACAACCAUCACAAGGUGUUGGAAAAAUGUAAUCGAAUGUCUGUACUAGCAGUAGACGAGUAUGAAGAACUCCAAGUCAACUUUGAGCUGGAAAAAAACUUACGGAAGAGGGCAGAAAACUUUGCACAAGAGAUGUUUAUUGAACAAAAUAAGUUGAAACGGCAAAGUCAGUUGUUGCAACAAAACUCCACUCCUGAUGAGCAGCUUUCAAAAGCGCUAGAUGAAAAUGCCAAACUGACCCAAAUGCUGGAGGAAGAGAGAUUGCAACACCAGCAGAAGACUAAAGAAUUGGAGGAACAAUUAUGUAAUGAAGUUUUGCACAAGGAAAUCAAGUUCCUUAAACAACAACUAGAACUUCUAGAAGAAGAAAAAAAAGAAUUAGAGGAAAAGUGUCAGAGUUCUGAAGACCAAAUUAAAAACUUAAAGCAUUCAGUUGAUGAGCUUGAAAAACGAGUAUUUCGGUCAGAAAAUCCAGUGCCACCUCCACCUCCACCCCUCCCACCUCCACUUCCUCCUCCUCCUAAUCCAAUAAAGUCUCUAAUGUCAAUGAUUCGUAAGAAGUCUCAUCCAAACAGCAACUUGACCAAAAAAGAAAAGGCCGCCUCUCAGCAACAAUCAGGAGAAGUAACGGAUCUGAAGAGACAAGCUGUGGAAGAAAUGAUGGAUAGAAUUAAAAAAGGAGUUCAUCUUAGACCUGUUAAUCAAAUCAACCGUUUUAGGGCAAAGCCAGAAGUGGCCAAACCCAACGAGAGUGCAGUGAAAGAACUAAAAGGAAUACUGGAGACUUUGAAUACAUCUGCCAGUUCCAGAAGUUUAAAAUCCCUGGACACAUACGGUAAUGAAACAGAAUUAGAAAGAAUUCUGAGGCUCAGAAAAGUGACAACUGAUCAAGAUAGUAGCAAUCUAACUGGAACUUUGGCUACAUCUGAAUCUAAAUCUAUGCCAGUUUUGGGUUCCAUUGGAACAGAAUCGGAAUUGACUAAAAAAUAUUUUGCCGCAAACUUCAGUUCCAAAUCUUCAGAGCUGGAUGAACAGACUUAUAAAAUGGUCAAAAGCACAAGUUCUGCAGUUGUCACUCAGUCAUCCAGCAAUGCAGGACUUAAAAACAAGGUUGUUGAAGCAGACAAGCAAGCUGAAUUCAUGGUACUAUUCAAUCCAGAGAAAAUCAAAGAACAAAUGCCUAAAGUUAUGGAUCAAGGCAAGAUAACUGAAAACAAGGGUCAACAGCUUCAUAAAGACACUAGUACUGAGAAAACAAAAGAGAGCGACAGCUCUCUCUGUUAAUUGAUGUGCUGAAAGGCAUUGACUAUUUCUGGAACUCUGUUUUCAAUGAUCGUCAGUUGUUUUGUUUAUGAAUAUGGGAAAGGGCUAUAUUUUUUACUCAUAAUAUGUUUAUAUCUAAUCCAAAGUCUUUACACCUCUUUCCCCCGUUUUUUUCUUCUAAAUUAUUAUAUGGUGUUUACUUACUAGAUUAUGCAAAAUGUUAAGAUUUAUUUGAAUAAUAUUAUUUUAUAUAAGUACUUUGUUUAUAGUUUGACCAAAAAGCCUGCUAAUUUAAUUUAAUCUAAUUUAAAUAAGUAAAACAGGCCUUAAUUAAGAAAUACAUGAUAUGCUCUUAUACGAAUGAUAUCCAGAAAUCAUUUUUUAGUUAAUAGAAGAUACAAUUUUUCAGAGCCAUUCUUUAAAAUCUUAUUAAAACUUAUGGCCUGCCACUACAAAGUAAAAAUAAUAAUUGUGUAAUCUGGAAUAGUAAUGGUAAUAGAUUCUACUGAAGUUGAAGGAAAUUUUGAGUAAACAAUAUUUUAACUGCCUAAAAGUUAAAAUAAAUAGCUCUGACUGGUUAACUUUACCCUCUGCCUGGCACAGUUUUCCAGGAGAAAAAUGCCCAUUGCAAUUUGUAUCUUAUUAUUAUGGUUGGUCACACAGUCAUUCAGAUGUUUAGAGUGAAUUUGGCAUUUUUGUUCACCUAUUGAAUUAUUCCCAAGAACCUGGGAUAGGAGAUACUGUUUAAUAAUGUUAAGGGUAUAUUAUUAUAUACACAACAAUGUGGAAUCAGUAUCAGGUUUUUAUUAUUUAUAAAUAUAAUAACAUAGUAUGUUACAUUAUUAUUGUUCGUUGCACAGCCCACCAGAUGUUUAGAUUGGAUUUGGCAUUUUCAUCUAUGUAUCGAAUCCUUCUCAAAGACCUGGGAUAGGGAGAUGUUGUUUGAUGGUGUUAAAGAUAUUGUUGUAGGAUGUAAGCUGUUCUGAGUGAAGCUGCCUUUUAAGUGAUGGUGAUUUUGUCAGUGCCAGUGGUGUUCAAAUGAUGUCCCAGUUGUUUUGAGAUUGCACCCAAAAAGCGUUACUGUUGGUACUACCAUUGCUUUCUUUGGCUGCAGAUAUUCUAUUUUGAGGUAUUUCUAUUUUGUUAUCUUCUCCCAGUUCUAUUCUACGUGCAUCCAAAUACUGCCACAUCCACUAUCCAGAUUAUUUUGUUUUUAUUAUCAAAGGUUAUUAAAUUUGGUGUGUGAUUAUUAUCAAUUUUUUCCUCUGCAAGCAAUAGAAGGAUAUGAGUAGUCAGUUCGAAAACAAUCUUUUUUUUUUUUGCCAGUUUGGGGCAGAGGGCUUGUAUUAGAUUUUUUAAAAUUAGAUCUUAUGAUUCCACCUUUACUACUUUGUAAAUAAAGCAAUGAACAUACAUAACGCUCCUUCCUCCUCGUAUUUUCCCCACAACAUAAACCUCAUUAGGUGUGUUGAGCUGAGAGAGAAUGGUUGACCCAAGGUGACGCAGCCAGUUUUUCAUGCCUAAGUAGGGACUAGAACUCGCAGUUUUCUGAUUUCUAUCCUGGUGCCUUAAGCACUAAAUGAAACUGGCCGUUACAGCCUUUGUCUCUAAAGCUCUUCCUACGUAUCCCCUACUUAACCACCUGAAGUCUUUUCUGGGAAGGCAUGCCAAUUGUUGGAUUUCCAAGCCAUGCAAGAAAUAAGAAGGAAGAACUGUUCCAGAGCCCACAGAAUUAUUGCAAGCAUUUUAAUAAAUGCAUUUUGGCAUUUAGAAACAACAGUACUUUGAAGAAGAAACAUUGUUUUGUGAUCUUUAUAUAUAAAUAUGUUGUAACAGGGAGCCCAAUAAAGGAGACAUUAUCUUGUAUGAAAGACAGAAGAAAAUGCCAUGUCUAAGAAGUGCCUACUUUCUACCUGAAUACAUUGUAAAUUCUUACAUUAUGGCACCUUUUAAAUAACAAUAAUUAACAUAUCCAGUUAAUUGGUUUACAGAAAUAGGUACAGACUUCAGUGAAUCCUUAUUCUAAACUGGUGUGGGAUUUCAGGCUAUAUAUUAUAUAUAUAUAAUAUUGAAAUUGAAGCAUUUCAGAUCCAAAUACUGUAUAUCUCUAAAAUAGAUUAAGUAUGUGAGUACAAAACAAAAUAAGAGUCUUCUAUAGGAAACCACAGGAUGUGAUACAGGAAAAUGGCAGCAGAGGGACAGUAACUGAAUGUGGGGGUUGAAGGACAGCAUGAGAUCCUGAAUCAUAGUCUUAUAACUAUGAACUAGGCUUUAUAUUAACCCACUGGGGAAGAAUAAAUGGGAUGAGGUGAGACACUUAAUCAAACUGGGAAACCUUUAGAGCUUUUUAUAUGCAAGAUAGUCAUCUUCUAUAAUAGACUUCUGUUAAGAGUUUAGACUUAAUUUUUGAGUUACUCAAUCCUUAACUUUCACCAGAGAAGGCCUCUUCUAAGAAAAGCAGCAGGAACCAUAGAACUAUGCAAUUUAUAUGGCAUUUCAGAGUCACUGAAAUAUUUCUCGUAUUAGAAAAAGUGGCUCUGAUUGCUCAUCUGGGAAGGCGGCAUGAGGAGUACGAUAUAUAGUUUCUUGCACAUUUAUUUUCCCGCCUUUUAUACAGUCUAGAUCAGGAAUGUCCAACUCUGGCAAUUUUAAGACCUGUGGACUUCAACUCUCAGAAUUCUCCAGCCAGUCAUGCUGGUUGAGGAACUCUGGGAUUUAAAAUCCACAAGUCUUAAAGCUGCCAGGAUUGGGUAUCCCUGCUUUAAAGCUUAUAUCUAGUUGCAGGAAAAAAAUGCUAUAAAUGCAUAUUUAAUACCAGAUUCUAUUCAUUAGUACUUUUUGGUUGGUAUUGAACUGAGACUAAAAAUCUAGGGGUUUUUAUACGAAUCUUCAGCAAUUUUUUGCAAUCAGUAAACUUGUUUUACAAUUUUGAGAUAACUUGAGAAGAUUACAUGGCAUUUAUUCCUUAUUGGUUUGUGGUUACUAUUUUUGACUAAACAGACUGCAGGUUAUGUCUUGUUGAUUUUGUCAAGUACUUCCCAGCAAUAUAAGAGAUGCUAUUUGAAAUGGCUUGCUUAGACAGUGAUGUUUGAUUUCAAUCCUUGUACAUGGCCAAAUACUUUUGCCUGGGAUUGAAUUUAUAGUUAGAUAACGCCAUCCUGUGUAGCUGUGUAUAUGUGUUGUAUGUCUGCAUAUGCAUGGGUGUAUGUAUGUGUGCCUUGCUGUUUCUACAAUAUAAUAUUAAAAUGUAUCAGUAAUACACCUCCACAUGAAUUUCUACAUAUAGUACUAUUUCAGGACAUGGUAUGAAGGCUAUGGAAUAUGCAUUGGCCAAAUGAUGUUUACCUAAUCAUCAGCAAGCUCCCUGAGAACAGUCAGUCUUCUAGCUCAGGAGAUGCAUUAAAUAUGGCACCAUAGAGAAUGCAGUGAAUUCAGGAAAAAAGACAAAAUAGCUGAUUUACUACAUUUGGGCAUUAUUCAUUUUUUUAACAGAAACAUCAAUAAAUAUGCAACAGGCUACCUUGAGUACAAAUUUACAGUUUACUCAUGUUUCUAAAACUAUACAUUUCCAACAUAGGUGACAAUUGUGAUGAAACCUCAGCAGUUUGCAGUUUAAUAUUGGUUUGAGUGCACUAAGAACUUUCUGAUAGGAAAUCACAAUUAGUAGUCAGGACUAAGAUUGAAUCUAAUUUAUUAGUUUGACUUGAUCAGUACGUGUUUAAUGCUUGUCUUAAAAAGCAAAUCAUAAAGUUAUAUAUAGACUUCCGUUUGGAAUUAAAUUCCAUGAAAAUCAGAUGGGCUUUUUCCUGAAUACAUUCUUCAGGAAAAAUGCAUAAUUCAUUAAUGGGGUAGCUUUAAGUUUCCUUUCUUUUCCUUUUCCUUUUUUUUUUUUUUGCUUGCAUCACUUGUUUAUACCUUAUGAUUAAUGAUUAUAACUAUGAUUUAUGAUGUCACUUUGUUGUUUGUAUGUGCAUUGAAAGCUUAUGCACCGGAGACAUAUUUCUUGUGUGACCAAUAAAGAAUUCUAUUCUAAUUUGAAUGGUGAAUUAAUAACUUGUAAAAGUGGGAAAAUGUUUUUUUUUCCUGAUGAUGCAUUUAUAUUAGUUUAAUUAUAUUGAAUUUAAUAUAAUUUCUAUAUUUUUGGAAUU